AUGCUUAGCGAGCAGAGCACUAAACUGAUUGGGAUAGUCACCGAAAGAUUUCCGGCCAAAGAGGUAAGACAUUUCGUCGACUCAGAUAUCCAAAGUCCACCAAUCAGCACUGGUGGUGAUACGUUGCAAAGCAAGAAAGUACAGCCCCUGCCGAAAGCCACCUCAAGAAAGGCCAUGAGGAAGGGCUUCGGCUGCACACACUCGUUGACUGCCUGUCAGGCGAGAACGUGCAAAAUGGAUAACGCCCGCGACGUACGUCUGGAGAUGCAACGUCAGUCGGGCAUGAGUGCGACGGCACGUUAUUGCCUCCGUUUCGCCUAUUCGAUAUCUACUGGACUACUCAGUGCAUGGCUUCGCAGCCGAGACUCAACUAUAAAUGCUGCGAAAGUGAUCCCCACUGUUUUGGAGACCGAGAGUUCAGUCACACCCGAGUUGCCGAUCUACUCCUUUCAUUCCGACUGGGAAGCUUUUGCUGUCCAAGGCAAAUCUUUGAGCAAGAGAGACACUGUUGGUGAUAUUCUGUCCGACAUCAAGAAUUUGGCCACCUGCUCUGCAUGCGAAUCUCUUCUUGUGGUACUUCAGGCUGUAGCUCACCUGGGAAACGAUGACUUUGUCAAUGUGAUCACCGAGGUUUGCACUCUAGCCGGGGUCGAAGACAAAGAUGUCUGCGCUGGUGCAAUUGCACGCGAAGGUCCGAUUUUGGCGCAUGAUCUGCGGAACAUGGCCAUCCCAUCCAACACUGCGGCGCUUUUUUGCUCGACCAUUUUCGGUCUCUGCGACUAUCCCGCCGUGACCCCGUUUACCGUAAAGUUCCCCUCUGCAAAACCCGCCAAUGCUGUGCGCCCUCCUCCCAGUGGAAAGUCUCCCAUUCAGGUCGUUCACAUUAGUGACAUCCACGUCGAUCUUUCCUACGAGACAGGUGCCAACUACAACUGCACGAAGAAUAUUUGCUGUCGACCAUAUACGUCAGCUGAUGCGCCGGGAAAUACUGACUUCCCGGCUGGCCAAUAUGGUAACCAUCAGUGCGAUUCGCCUGUGACGCUGGAAGAAAGCAUGUAUGAGGCGAUCAAGAGUCUUGUCCCCGACGCCUCCUUCACGAUCUUCACCGGCGACGUGGUCGAAGGUGCAGUGUGGCUUGUGAAUCAAACCGAAGUGACAAAUGACUUGAACGAUGCGUAUAAGACUCGAAUGCCCUCCUACUUGAACCUGGUCUAUGGUGUGAUUGGCAAUCACGAUGUCGCCCCCGUCAAUUCCUUCCCACCUUCAGACAUCGACACCACGAUCUCCAGCCAGUGGUCUUAUGACACGCUUUCCUCAGACUGGACUCAAUGGAUUGGGUCAGCCGCGGCCAGUACCGCGGAUCAAUAUGGAUCCUACUCGGUCAAGUACCCGAAGGGAAAUCUACGCAUCAUUUCGUUCAAUACCAACUUCUACUACAAGGAGAACUUCUGGCUCUAUGAGCGCACUAUGCAGUCGGACCCGAACGGUCAGCUUGCUUGGCUCGUCAGCGAGCUCAGCGCAGCCGAGGCCGCAGGUGAACGCGUCUGGCUUCUUGGACAUAUGCCCAUGGGCACCGGGGACGCCUUCCAUGAUGGUUCCAACUACUUCGAUCAGAUCAUCCAGCGAUACGAGGCGAUCAUUGCCGCAACAUUCUACGGUCACACUCACAAGGAUGAGUUUGAGAUUGCCUACUCUGACUACACCGAUCAGACCGCUGGCACUGCCACUAUGAUGUCUUACAUUGCACCGGCCUUGACCCCAACCUCGGGUAACCCGACUUUCCGCGUGUACUCCAUUGAUCCAGUCACCUUCGCAGUGCUCGAUUUCACAGUAUACAUCACGGAUAUGACGGAUCCAUCUUAUCAGACCAAACCAGUGUGGAAAAAGUACUACUCGGCGAAGGAAACGUAUGGUCCACUGCUCAGUCCGCCUGUUACUGACAGUUCGGCUGAACUUACACCUGCAUUCUGGCAUAACCUCACUGCCAUCUUCGAGACCAAUGACUCCGUUUUUCAAGACUACAUUGCUCGCAAAAGCCGUGGCUGGGAUGUAUCCUCCUGCACUGGGGACUGCAAGUCAGGUGAAAUCUGCCAGCUCCGAGCAGCCCAGUCGCAGUACAACUGUGUGAAAGUUUCGCCGGGAGUUCAUUUCAAGCGGAAACGUUCCGAAGGCAGCGAGGAGAAAGCCGAGAAGACUUGCGGAGAGUCCGUCAUCGGUGCUAUCUUUGCCAAUUUCGAUGGAGCUGUGACGGCUCUAGAGACAUCCGCCGCGGCGCAGCUGGGUCAGUCCUUCUUGGGUACUUCAAUCAACUCCACCGUUGCGUAA